CUAAGGGCUGAAAAGAAGUGCGCCAUUGUAACAUUUCAAUAUCCUGUUUACUACUCCAUCUCCUGCUGUACAGGAGAUCAUUUGAAGAUAACGACACGCAAUGCUGACUAAUUACAUACCGAGGGGAGACACAGCCUGCCCCGUCCUGUUGUCUAUGCAGUGUAAAACAGCAGCCACAACUAUCCAUCAAUCUUUUUUUUUUCCACCAUGUGGGCCACUUGCGCGUCACUGAGUGCGCACGGAGACCUGCCUGAGAGGAGAGGCUUGAACGCUCACACCCACAUUCAACAGGCGCUGAGGAUACUUGUUCCAUGCACAGAUUCAGCUUGUGUUUGACUGUGUUUCUUCUUAUUGUGGUGUGAUUGUAGGAUUAACCUGCAGGAAUCUGUAAAGGAAAUGCGUCUUUUUGAGGGAUGGUGUUGUGUUUAAGUCGCGCGCUAUGGUGCACAAUACGCACAGCCUCUCCUAUAAUUACAGCUUUGUUGCUCAGUAGAUAGACCCGAUUCGUUAAAACUGCCAAAUCUUUUCACGUUUUGGGAGAUAAGGAGAAGAGGAUGGCAGCUCCACAAAACGGAUCCAACAUACCGGGAAACUACACCAACCAGUUUGUGCAGCCGCCGUGGCGCGUGGCUCUCUGGUCCGUCGCCUACAGCGUGGUGCUGGCCGUGGCGGUGUUUGGAAACCUCAUCGUGAUAUGGAUCAUCCUCGCUCAUAAGCGCAUGAGGACUGUGACGAACUUCUUUCUCCUGAACCUGGCGUUUUCGGACGCGUCCAUGGCGGCGUUUAAUACUUUGAUAAACUUUAUCUACGCCGCACAUGGGGAGUGGUACUUCGGGGAGGCGUACUGCAAAUUCCACAACUUCUUCCCCGUGACAUCGGUGUUUGCGAGCAUCUACUCCAUGACUGCGAUAGCUGUGGACAGGUACAUGGCCAUCAUCCAUCCCCUGAAGCCUCGUCUGUCGGCGAAGGCCACCACGGGAGUCAUCGUGUGUAUCUGGAGUCUGGCCGUGGUUCUGGCCUUCCCUCUCUGCUACUUCUCCACCAUCCGAACGCUGCCCCGCAGGACCCUCUGCUACGUCGCCUGGCCCCGCAUGGCAGACGAUUCCUUCAUGUAUCAUAUCAUAGUGACAGUUCUGGUCUACGUGCUGCCCCUAGUGGUGAUGGGCAUCACUUACACCAUCGUGGGGGUGACUCUGUGGGGAGGGGAGAUCCCAGGAGACUCAUCCGAUAACUAUCACGGACAGCUCCGGGCUAAACGGAAGGUGGUGAAGAUGAUGAUCAUCGUGGUGGUGACCUUUGCCCUCUGCUGGCUGCCUUAUCACGUCUACUUCAUCGUGACGGGUCUCAACAAGAGUCUGAGCAAGUGGAAGUACAUCCAGCAGGUUUACCUGUCAGUGCUGUGGCUGGCCAUGAGCUCCACCAUGUACAACCCCAUCAUCUACUGCUGCCUCAACAGCAGGUUUCGUGCGGGCUUCAAGCGAGCGUUCCGUUGGUGCCCGUUCAUCAAGGUGUCCAGCUAUGACGAGUUGGAACUUCGCUCCACGCGGCUGCACCCGACACGCCAGAGCAGCAUGUAUACACUGUCGCGGAUGGAUACCACCGUGAUGGUGGUUUACGAUCCCGUCGAGGGUGAUGGCAGUGCCGGCGGCGGCUCUUCCAGGAAGCACUCUCAGUCAUCCAGGAAGAUAAGUUACGUCACGUCUCGCCACAGCGAGAUCACCGGGAGCAACGGCGGCAGCGCGAAAAUGCAAAACGGAGAGGCUCCGAGCGCUCAAUCAGAAGAGUUCUCCUGAAGGGCGACCCCAUUGACUUUCACUCAUGCAUAUAUGAAAUGUGUUCUCAUGCAUAAUCCUGUGUACAUACAAACAGUGCAUGUCAUGUGUGCUUAAUUUAGAUUUAGGCGCGUAGUAAUCAGGUGUGCGGCUGCUUUGAUAUGCACAGAAUGACCACAUGGAGAAUAGUCACGGAUGGAUUACGGAGCAGGAUUAGUGGGCAGUGGCCCCGGGGGACUGAGAGCCAAUGUUUUAGCAGUUUUCGUCAAAAGUCACUUUGUCAUUUUAUAUUUUUAUUAGGAAUACAGAGUGAAAUACAAAUGUAUUUAAAAUGUAUAAUUUGUAAUUUUCCUCAUCAUAAUACAUUUGAUAGUACAGAGGCAAAGAUUUAAUAUAAAAAGUAUUUUGGUGAUUUAUGCUGUGAGUGCCUCGGGAGAUCUUGGGCAUACAAAUGAUUUUUUCUUGGUUUUUCUUGCAAGCAGUGUUAACAUGCAAAUUAAAAACGACAGCAGCGUCUGGAGGAUAGUUGCUUUGUAUAUUCUGGAUAGAUUUCUGACUCCUUCGGGAACCCUUCGUCCUCGUGCAUUGGCAACAACUAUGUUUGUUAUGAAUAUGAAAAAGAAUUAUGAUCAACAGGAGAGGAAAUGAUCUGGUGGCUGCAAACUGAAGCUUGACUUUUGCAAAUUUGAUGAAAUAGUGCUUUUGCUUUUGCCGGUUGCUUUGGUAAACGCUCGCAAAGCCACUUUACACCUCCAGCAUGAACAAACUUUAAAAGUACAGUCUCUCUUCCUAUUCAACUAUACAGACCAUGAUCACACACAGCGGCCAUGUUCUCAUCCAACAGAGCUAAAAUCAGUAAAAUCUAUGUAAGUACUACAUCAGAAGACAGCUAAUAAAACAGUCAAUGUGCUUGUACAAACAUCAA